ACCAAGUCCAAUCCCGAACCCACAUCGGAUCCCUCGGACUCGUAUAAAUAGGGGCUGCCUGGCCCUAUUUGUGAUCAGUCUUCGCUCGUUCGCUGCAGAAAUAAGUGGAAAAAAAGUAGAAAUGAAGGUUUUCGUUGCCAUUUGCGUGCUGAUUGGACUGGUCUCCGCCUCCGCCGACUAUGUGGUGAAGAACCGGAACGACAUGCUUGAGUACCGGGAUAAGUGCGUCAAGGAGCUGGCCGUGCCCGCGGAUCUGGUGGAGAAGUACCAGAAGUGGGAGUACCCCAACGACGAGAAGACCCAGUGCUACAUCAAGUGCGUCUUCACCAAGUGGGGCCUGUUCGACGUCGCCAGCGGCUUCAACGUGGAGAACAUCCACCAGCAGCUGGUGGGCAACCACGCCGACCACAACGAGGCCUUCCACGCCUCCUUGGCCGCCUGCGUGGACAAGAACGAGCAGGGAUCCCCCGAGUGUGAGUGGGCCUACCGCGGAGCCACCUGCCUGCUGAAGGAGAACCUGGCCCAGAUCCAGAAGAGCCUGGCCCCCAAGGCCUAGUGCGUCUUAGUUGGGCGGAUGGACUGAUAAGCAUUAAUUUAGUUAAUAAAGUAAUUGAUUUCCCAUAAAA